GGGAAAUGACCAACCGACCUCUCGUGCAUCCACAAAUAUCAACGGUGCGUUUUCGGCCUUCUCGCCGUCUGAUUGGAUAAACAGCGACAUUCAAACGGCCCAAUUGAAAACGACGGGUUCGACGUGCAGCGUCAGCAUUCCCGCGGGGCGGGGAGUAGAAGGUAUUCUGGCUCGUCUAUUGGCCUCGGGUCCCUUUUACGCCAAGCGUCAAUCAAUCGACCUCCAAGAUGACGGCGAAACGGUUACAAUAGCUCUCAUCCCUUUCCCCGCCCAGGUGUUCCGCCCCCCCCCCCUCUUCAUUGGGAGAUUCGGACAGCGCUGGCCCGCCUCCUUCCCCCGUGAAGAUUCGAACACCUUUUCUAAAGGGUGGAUUGGCUCUCAAACGAGGGGCGGGGCUCGGAAAGCGCGGCGCGAAGGUCGAAUGUAGCGGACGGGAACGAGAAAGGGGCUCAUUCGUGGAGCGGCUGUCGCUGCCCCCUCCUCGCCCCCGCCCCAGAAUUCCCUGCCAACAUCUGUAUUGCUGAUAAAUCUGGUGGAGACAUCUAGAAUCUGCCAAGGUUGAAAAGUUCAAGUGGAAAUUAUAGGCAUUAUGCGGCGGUCUCCAUCGGCUGGCACUAGUUCCAGAAGAACCCCCUCGACCCCUCCUUCCCGCCGUCGCCAAUCUGGAGGAUCACCACGCAGAAGGCAAACCCCUCCCCGUCGUCCUGGACUGAGGCAGCCCCCACAACAAGAGGCAGCAGUUCCUCGGAGAAGGCGGAGAUACAGGCCUGGCCAGCGAGCCUUGCAGGAGAUCAGAAAGUAUCAAAAAAGUACUAAUCUACUUAUUGCCAAGCUGCCCUUUUCUCGUGUGGUACGGGAGAUCUGCCUGGAAUAUACCCGAGGGGUUGACAUGAUGUGGCAGUCUAUGGCACUGCUUGCCUUGCAAGAGGCAGCUGAAGCCUUUUUGGUGCAUCUCAUGGAAGACGCCUACCUGUGCACCAUCCAUGCCAAACGGGUCACCCUCCAUCCCAGAGACAUCCAGUUGGCUCGCCGGAUCCGUGGCAUCGAUCAGGGUUUGGGUUAGUUCCCUUCCCCGAGCUGUCCUGGCUGAAGAGGUACCUUUUGGGGGCCCGAAGCUUCAAGGGAGCACCCUGCGACUGCUUUGGAGGAAGAGACAACCAAAUUCACACACACACACACACACACACACACACACACACACACACACACACACUCCAGUCCUCAAAAUUCCAUGGAUUGCGAGUCGCAGCCUGGCCCCUUCCUCUUGCUGGAAUUUCCAAAGGGUUUCAUUGGUUGACCUCUUCUUCCCUCUCCCCAUCGCCCUGCUUGGAAGGUGAGCAAAGAUGGAUCUAAAAGACAAGAGGAGAAAUGAAUGGCUUAAUUGCCAGGAAGGAGAAGCGCCAUCCAGCCACCCAUGCUUAAAGUUCUUCUGCAGUCUCUGCCUCGAACGGAGCCUCGUGUCAGCGACGGGGACUGAAAAGUUGCUUCCGAUUUUAAAGUUUGCCCUGUAUUUUUGCACUUCAACUUUUAAAAUAAAAUCUUUUACCUUAAUUGUU